AAUCACCUGGUUUUUACUUCGACACUUUCUGACAGGAACAUUAGUGUAACAGAUUAGUCCACCUAUCCUACUCCAUUACACUUUUUUGAGGGAAUCAUCAGUGCAUCACUAACUUCUGUUUUUAACAACAACAAAAGGAUCUCAUUAUCACCAUGGCAAUGUUUACCAUUUCCCUGCUUCUCUGUUCUGCGUUUGCUCUGAGCGGUGCAACAGAGGAUACAAAUGUCAUGGAAAACAACAUGGAACAGAGCUCACCUGCUGAGGUGGAGGUGAUGAAGGUGGAGAGGGGGAGCAGGAGCUCUUGCCCACCUGGCUGGCUCGAGUAUGGGGCACGGUGUUUCAUGUUUGUACGUUCCGGCAAGACGUGGAUGAAUGCUGAGCGGUACUGUGUGCACUUCGGAGCAAACCUUGCAUCCGUCCACAGCCCUGAAGAGUAUCAUUUUGUGCAAGAGGUGAUCAGACUACAGACAGAAGACUUUACCCCUGCCUGGAUUGGAGGAUUUGAUGCUGUUCAGAACCGAGUGUGGCUCUGGAGUGACGGCUCCAAAUUUGACUACAGGAACUGGCUCAUGGGAGAACCCAAUAAUGCUGGUGGCAGAGAGCCAUGCAUGAUGAUGAACGUUGGAGGUGAAAAACGCUGGAAUGAUCGUCAAUGUGGACAUAUACUUCCAUCUGUGUGCUCCAAAAGGUUGUGUUAAAUCUGCCAUCAUAACAUCAACGGAACCACUUUUUUUGUAAUACCUUUUGUCAUUAAAACUAUACAGUAUUAUUGAAGAAUGUAAAUAUAUGGUAGGCCUAUAGUUAUUGUGAAUCAUAGUCAAGCAUGAGAUUUAACUUAAGGGGGAUUUUAUAUCAUGUAAAUAGGCUCUCAUCAAUCUUUUCAAUGAUACUAAUCAUGUAAAAUGCCAUUGUGAAGUUUUGCUGCUAAUAAAUAAUAUCCCUAAUAUUUUAUGUAGAUGUUGUUAGAGUGCAUUGCAUCAACAAUCGUUUACUGUUCCACUGUUCCUAGGCUUAGCUUGAUGUGCAACAAUAAACACAGCAUUUACACACUUAAAGAUAAACUAUACAGAAAUCACGCCGCCAUUUCCUGGUUGCUAAAAUUCUAAUAGUUUGCCUAAUAUCAGUUUAUGUGACAAAACAAGCAAGUAUAGUGUAGAGAAGUGGUCACCAACCUUAUCUGAGUCAAGAUCCCUUUUCUGAUUCAAAAUGCAAGCCGAGAUCUACC